CCCAGCUCUCGAUCAUCGACUUCAGUCGCAAAUACCCCUACCAACUCAUCCACAAUGGCCUCACGCUUGGCGCGUAGCGCAGUCGGCGCUCCCUUCCUCCGACCUACCGUCGCUCGCCGAGCCCUUCCCGCUCUCUCUGCCGCCUCGGUCCGCAACUCCAGCAACGUCCCUACCGAGGAGCCCAAGAAGAAGGCCCAGAGCAUCAUCGACUCUCUCCCCGGAAGCAACUUGCUCAGCAAGACCGCCAUCCUCUCCUCCGCUGCCGGUCUCUCCAUCUACGCCCUCAGCAAUGAGUACUACGUCAUGAACGAGGAGACUGUCGUCGCCGUCUGCUUGAUUGCCGUCUGGACUGGUCUCAUCAAGUACGGUGGUCCCGGCUACAAGGCCUGGGCCGAGAGCCAGAACGAGAAGAUCAAAAACAUCCUCAACUCCGCUCGUGCCGACCACACCGAGGCCGUCAAGACCCGUAUUGAGGACGUUAAGCAGAUGGGUGGUGUUGUUGACAUCACCAAGGCUCUGUUCGAGGUUUCUAAGGAAACCGCCAAGCUUGAGUCCCAGGCUUUUGAGCUCGAGCAGCAGACUGCCCUCGCCGCUGAGGCCAAGACCGUUCUCGACUCUUGGGUCCGCUACGAAGGCCAGGUUAAGCAGCGCCAGCAGAAGGAGUUGGCUGCUUCCAUCAUCGCCAAGGUCCAGAAGGAGCUUGAGAACCCCAAGGCUCUCCAGCAGAUCCUGCAACAGAGCGUUGCUGACGUCGAGAAGAUUGUCGCCGCUAAAUAAAUGGUAAAAGUCUAGAGUCUAGAAUACAAGGACGAGCUACUAUUCCCUUUGUUA